AUGUCAGUCAUGACAAGUACACCUCCAUCACCCGCACGAACUUCCAGCGGAUUCAGUCUGUUGUCCAAGAUCAAAUCCCACAAAGAAUCAAAGUAUCUCAGCCCUUCCCAGCCCCCUCCUAUCCAAAGAACUGGCAGUUAUGGCAGCAUCUACAACCAACCUGAAAGAGCCUCUCUUUUCUCCCUCCCCGCGGAGGAGGGGUCUGGCUUGAAAGCCCGCCGACUGAGCGCCAGUCCUCUGGACGACUUUGUUGUCGACAUAUGUCCAUUAGAAGCAGAGUUCGUACCCUUGUCCAAGUUUGGCCGCAAGAAGGAGAUCGGAAAGGGCGCAAGUGCUACUGUCAAGAUCAUGCUUCGCAAAGGCGACAAGAAGAGCGACAGCCCUCCACACUACGCAGUCAAGGAAUUUCGCAAGAAAUCUGCGAGGGAAACUGAGGAAGAGUACGUACGCAAGGUCAAGUCGGAGUACACCAUUGCCAAGUCUCUUGACCACCCAAACAUUGUCCGAACUGUCCGACUCUGUACGACCAACGGUCGCUGGAACCAUGUAAUGGAGUACUGUCAACAAGGCGAACUCUUCAGUCUUGUAGAACGAAAGUAUUUCAAACCGGAAGAUCGAAAUUGCAUCUUCAAGCAGGUCCUGCGUGGUGUCAGCUACCUCCAUGAGCAUGGAAUUGCCCACCGAGAUAUUAAGCUGGAAAACCUCCUCAUGACCGAUGAUGGCCACAUCAAAAUCACCGAUUUCGGCGUGUCGGAGGUCUUCUGCGGUGAUCAUCCGGGGGUCGCCAUUUCACGUGGACUGUGUGGCCAAGGCAUGAGAAAUGCACGAAGAUCAGCACCAGGUAUCUGUGGUUCGAAACCGUACAUCUCCCCAGAAGUCCUAGCGCACGACAAGCACUACGACCCCACGAAACUGGAUGUGUGGGCAUGUGGUAUCCUCUUCAUGACCAUGUGCCUCUGCGGGAAUCCGUGGCAAAGCGCCAAUACAAGGGAGCUCAACUAUGCGGUAUUUUUGGAAGGUUGGAAGGCGUUCCUCGAUCGCUUCGAGGACUCGUCAUCAUCGUCACGCUUGAUCGAUGAAAAUACGUAUCCCCAGUGUGGGCCUAUCUUCAAUGCCCUCGCUUCGCAUUCUCAGCGUAGGUGCAUUCUCAAGAUGCUCCAUCCAGAUCCGGACAAGCGCUGCAGCAUUCGCGACGCACUGAAUGAUCGCUGGGUCAAGGGCGUCGACUGCUGUACGCCAGAUGCUCGCGGUGCAACCUUUGCAAAUGGAAUCGAUGUCUCGAAACUUGAGUCUCACAAAGUGGCAGCGAAAAUGAAGGUCCAGGCCAAACAUGACCAUCUUCCACCGCCUGUCAAACGUCUACCGCAACAUCGUUUUGAUAUGGGCGACGGAACGUCGAGAUAUGACUGA